UGAGGCAGUCAGUUGUAAGUCUAGCGCUGGAUUGAAAUGUUUCCACCGGGACGUUGGCUGCUCUUUUGGCCAACGGCCAUGAGUUUGAUCUGUUGGUUAGAAGCUGCUCGGAUCCUCUUUAUCGCCCCAUAUGAAUCAUAUUCUCAGUGCGCAUUAAUGUCCCCCUAUAUCCAUGGACUUGUGGAUCGUGGCCACGAACUCACAGUUAUCCUGGCCUAUAAGGAGUGCAUGACUAUUGGAAAUGUGACCUCUAUUCGCAUAAUGGAUAACCACAACAUUAUUUCAGAUUUUGAAGACAUAUUUCUUGACUCAGUUGUUGGUUCUCCCGGAGGAAAAUGGGCAGAAAUGCACACCAUGGCCAAUGUCAUGGUUAAAGCUGGACUUAAUGUUCUCCUCAAUCCGGGAGUUCAGGCUCUGAUAAAAACUAAUGUUACAUUCGAUUUGCUGAUAUUGGAAGCAGGUUAUACGGAUUUGCUCUAUGGCCUAGCCGCCCAUUUCAAUGCAUCGCUUGUUGGCAUUUCAACCUGUGGGGCAGACUGGAACAUCAACCGACUAAAGGAUCAUGGGGUAUCGGUGGUGGAGGAGCCAAUAAUGCCAUUGGUAACUCCAGCCUCAGGCAGCAUCUGGGACCGCCUUUAUACUUGGUAUAUCAGUACAGAAGAGUGGCUGCUGUUUGAAAUGAUAUUUCUUCCAAAACUAAAAAUGGUACACGAUUAUUUUUUUGGCCAUCUGGAUCAAUCGUUUUUGGAAAUUCGACACAGUUUUUCCCUAAUUCUACUCAAUCAGCACUUCAGCAUGUUCCGCGCCAGACCGAAUGCUCCUGGGAUAAUCGAAGUGGGUGGCCUUCAUAUACCGAAAGUCGUUCCAAAACUCUCAAAAGAUCUGCAAGUUUUCAUCGAUGAGGCAGAAUACGGCGUGAUAUAUUUUUCCCUAGGUGUGGAACUAAAGUGUAAGGAUCUGCCAACAGAAACAUUGGAAAUGUUUGUGGAGACCUUCAAGUCACUACCACAGCGUGUUAUUUGGAAAUUCGAAGACGAACCCUUUGAAAAUUUGACUCAAAAUAUUUAUAUGGCAAAUUUCCUGCCCCAACAAACCAUUUUAGCGCACCCGAAUGUGAAGAUGUUUAUUUGUCACGGCGGAAUGCUGAGUGUUAUUGAGGCGGUCUACUAUGGAAAACCUCUGUUGGGGUUUCCUAUUUAUUACGAUCAAUUCCGGAACUUUGAAGUUUUGGUAGACGACGGCAUGGCGCUGUUAAUGAAUAUAAAUAGCUUUAGUGGGGAGGAUCUUAAAAAAUCCAUCGAUAGCUUGAUCAAUAAUCCUACUUUCUCGGAAAAUGCCUUGGCUUUAUCCCAAAGGUUUCGGGAUCGUCCCAUGCAUCCUUUGGAACAAACUAUUUACUGGACAGAGUAUGUCCUGCGCUACAAAGGAGCCAAACACAUGCGGGUUCCCCAUUCGAACAUAAAAUUUGCAGAAUAUUAUUCCCUGGACAAAUUUUUGCUCUUAGGAUUACGGUUCUUCGUUACAAUUUUUUCGGUUUACUUCGCACUUUCCAAGUGGAGAUGUUAUCUAAGGUAUUUGGUCAAAUUUGCAAAGCGCUUUUUGCCAUGCUUCCGAUGAUAAAAUAGAAAGGAAUGGAACGAUCAUAGAAUUUAUAUUUAAAAUAAUAUUUUUUGAUAAGUUAUGAUUAAUAACCAAAUAUUAGCUACGUAUGUAGUGGAAAAUAUUAGGUACUUCCAUUUGAUUGUUUCUUAUUUUUAAUCAUAGAUUACAGCAGAAAAAUUGAUGAUAAGCUCCGUAAUACUUUUAUCUUAUCUUAAUUAUUCGAUAUUUGAGAUUGUAAGGUUUAUUUUUAACACGCUUCAAAUUAUUUCCGUGUGGCUAAAAAUUAUAAAAUAAAUUUAAUUGUUUACAACUAUAAACAUAUAAUUAAAUAAUUCUAUUAAUUUAAUGAGCAACAAGGAGGAAUUUUUAAAUCAAAUGUGUUUUUCAAUACUUUAUUAAACAAAAUUUUAUUCUAAAAAUGAUAAAAAAGGAUGUAUCCGGCUAUUAAUGCUGAAAAAUACUAAAAAGGAUCGGAAAGACUGUUAUAUCCUGUUACAUAAAUUUAAAGAAUAUAAUAUCAAAAUAAUCAUCAAAAUAAAACAAUUAAUUUCUGCACUAAAACAAUUAAACUAAGAUUUAAGAGAAAAAUAAUAAAGAGAGUAAUAAAAA